CAUCACACGUUUGAAUUUUUUUCUGUUUUCAGGGUCUGGUCUUAGGCACUGAUGGAAGAGAUGGAAAAUGUGUCGUAUGUACCUUUGAAGCAGCCCAUCGUGUUCACAGUGGAAGGCUUCAUCAUAACCAGGCAGCAGGGGUACCCCCUGUUUUUGGUCUCCCUCAUCGUGUAUGCUAUGAUGCUGCUGGGAAACAUCACCGUGGUUACGGUGAUAGUAGCGGAUGCCAAACUCCACAAGCCCAUGUACAUGAUGAUGUGCAACCUGGCAGCGUGCGAUCUGCUCGGGGGCACGACAGUCAUGGCCCAGCUGAUGCCACACUUCUUAACAGGGUACAACACCAUCGGCUACACAGCGGCCAUUUUCCAGGCCUUCGUUGUGCACACAUACAGCUUGGCCGUCGCCACCAUUCUGUCAGCCAUGGCAUAUGACCGCUAUGUGGCCAUCUGUCAGCCGCUGCACUACCACACCAUCAUGACCACUAGGAGGCUGGUUUCACUGUGUUGUUUUGCCUGGUUUGUCACUGUCUGCAGAGUCGUGAUCCUCAUCAUUCUAACUGUGCAAACACCACUGUGUGGGACAUUAAUAAUGCAUGUCUACUGCAGUAAUGGAGCCAUUCUGAGGCUGGCGUGCAUACCCACCCCCAUCAACAACAUCUACGAUUUGUGUUCACUUUGGUCCCUAAGAUCCGGGUGCUUCUUAAUCAUUGCUUUUUCCUAUGUCAAGAUCCUCAAAGCAUGCAUCAUCAAACAGGAGAAAAACAGUCGGAGCAAGGCCAUACAGACGUGCGCCUCCCAUCUCACCAUUUAUAUCCUCUUUGAGAUCUCCAUUUUAAUCAUUGUCAUCACCUACAGAUUGCAAGAGAUCAGCCCCAACGCCAAGAAGUUCUGCGCCAUUUUUUUCAUCAUUGUGCCCCCCACAGUCAACCCAAUCAUCUAUGGCAUCGCCACAAAAGAUAUUCGCACAAACAUCGUGAAGUUUUUCAAAUCCACUAUUUCACCGAAAUAGGGAAACCAGCCAGUACCACUCAGUUAUCUAAAUAACUUUUUUUUUAAGUAUUUUUUUUUUGGUUGAGGAAAGUUGGUAGUGUUAUCUUCUCAUCACAACUGCAUCUCUAAAACAUUUUCCUACAGAAAAAAGUGUCAGGACUUUAUUUUGUUUAAACAUAGCUGUGAAGUCGUGGUUUGCAGACUAGUCAGAACAAUGAUCAUGGUUAAAACCUUGGCACAGCAUGGUUAUUCUCCACACCCUUACACAACUUAACUGCAUCACCGUAAAAAAAAGUCUCAAUAAAGUUUUUGCCAGAUGGGUAGAUGGUUUUUCUUUGCAGUGAUAAGGAUGAUCACUUCUGGCACGAUUUGAACCAUCCUCCCCCAUGAAGCUUUUGCAUUAGAAAAAACAUAUCUAGCCUGGUUUAAAAUACUAAUAAAAAGCUAUUUACUUUUUUAAAUGAAGCACAAAAAUUGCAAUCAAGUUUUUAGUUCUGCUGUCCUUUGUUCUAAGGACAUAAUAUGCCAAAAAUAAAAAAUCAUUCAACACUACAUGUAAGACUGAAUCCAGAUAUAUGCUCUGAUUGCCCAUUCUUGCUAGUACUUGAGUAUUUUUCUUCUAUGAAAUUUCUGUUUUUUCUGCAAACCACUGUCAAGAUUGGGCAAAAUGCAGUGAUAAACCCUGGACAGGUGACUAAUUCAUUGCAGGCCACAAACAUCAUUCACUUCCAUCUACGGCGAGAACAUGCAGACUCCUUUCAUUAAGGCCCGGGCCAGGAUUCGAACCUGGGAUGUUCUUGCGGUGAAGCAAUAGUGCUAUCCAUAGCACCACCGUGCUUCCCAUGUGGGCCUUCCUAGAAGGUAAUCAUGUCAUUUUAGAAGUCCCGAAUGACAAGUAAAUACAUUCUCCUCCGUCCAAAUUAAAAAUCUGUGCUUAUCUAGAGUGAUGUGUCUGAGAACGUGAUGUGUCGAACACCCAUUAAAAACAGAACAUUUUUCACUUCAUUUUAACUUACUGAAGUCAUAUUGCACAACCAUUUAUAUUAUUUACAUAUAGAUUGUACAUUUGAUAUUGGUGUAUCAGUAAGCAGAGCUGCAGAGAACCCUGUUUGCUGAGUUCCCCUUGUUUGCAAUUAUGUAUUGAAAUCCAAUACGUACCAUAAUUAUGAAACUGUGAAAAUGUUUUACAUG